AUGCAUGCGAGUCCAGACGAGGAAGACACAGAGGCACGUUCGUCUCAGGUUCAAAUCAACUUAAUUGCCCCAGAGUUCACAACAAAUCACUCUGCUUUAACUCCUUUCAAUAUUCCUCUCCUUCCUAAUGUCCUCCAGCGUUUCCACUUUUUUCCUGUUUCCUCUGCAUUUCCUCUUCUACUUCCCAUCCAUAAUCUGAAACUCCGGUAUCACUAUUUCUCUGCUUCAGCCUGUCUUCCUCAUCUGCUAUUUCAUUCAUGCGAGGAUCUUUGCUCUGUGAAGAAAGUCCACGCCUAUCUUAUUGUCUCAGAUGCAUUGGUAUCUAAAUCCGUUGCUUCGCAGCUCGUAAACUUGUAUGCUCGGUUCCAUGAUCUGGGCAGUGUCCUUGGGAUUUUCGGAACACUAAGGGAAGAACCAAGCACAAAGAUGUGGAAUUUGGUCAUUAAGUCCCAGGUUAAUUUGGGACUCUUCCAUGCGGCUUUUUUAUCGUACAAAAAGAUGAGAGCAGCGGAGGUUCUCCAUGAUGCGUUUACUUUUCCUACAAUAAACCUGGCUUUAUCUGCCACCCGAAUUGAUGUCGUGUUUGCAAAAAUGAUCCACUGUCAAGCAAUUCAAUUUGGUCUGGAUAUGGAUUUAUAUUUUUGCAAUACCAUGAUUGAAGUUUACGUGAAAUGCGGGUGCGUCGCUUCUGCACGUAACUUGUUUGAUGUUAUGUCUCAUAGAGAUUUGGUUUCCUGGACAUCUCUGAUUUCUGGAUAUAUUUCCGAGAGACAUGUUAGUGUCGCGUCUGAUUUGUUCAACAAAAUGCGGACGGAAUUGGAACCGAAUUCUGUGACUCUACUUGUCAUGUUGCGAGCAUGCUGUACCUCUAGAACUCUGAAGGAUGGAAGUCAAAUUCAUGGGUAUGCCAUAAAGAGCGGAUUGUCAGUGGAUUCUUCAGUGCAAAAUGCUGUUUUGGGCAUGUAUGCUAACAUAGGGAAUACUGACUGCGUGGAAAUCGUUUUCUGUGAAAUUCACAGAAAAGACGUUGUUUCCUCGAACAUUUUAAUUUCCUUUCAUGAAAUGCAAGGAGAUAUCACGGAAGUAGCUUGCAUUUUCAAACAGAUGCACAGUGAAGAGUUUUCAUGGAACAUUCAGACUUUAACCCUAGUUUUGUCAGCAAUUGCAAAGUCUUGUAGUCUUUCUGAGGGUGAAAGCGUCCAUUGCUUAGUUAUUAAAACAGGACUAUCUGAUGAUAUUUUGCUAACUUCUUUGCUCGAUUUUUACGCAAAAUGCGGGAAACUGAAAAGAUCUGUUGAAUUGUUUAGAGCAAUUCAAUAUAAGAGUAACGUUGCUUGGAGUGCCAUGAUGUCAGGUUUUAUUCAAAACGGUCAUUUUAUGGAGACCAUAACUCUAUUCCAGCACUUGCAAGCUACAGAUCCUGAUCCUGAUCCUGUAAUUUGGAGAAAUCUAGUUGAUGCAUACGCCAAUCUUGGUGCUCUGAAAUUAGGCAAAGGAAUUCAUGGUUACCUUUUAAAGAACUUGUUUAAUGGAAUUGAGGAAGACAUUGCACAACUGGAAAACUCCAUUUUAAACAUGUAUGUAAAAAGCGGUAGCAUUUCUUCAGCUAGAGCAUACUUUGAUAGGUUAUCGAGCAAAGAUGUUGUAGCAUGGACAACUAUGAUUGAGGGAUUUGGGUCCCAUGGUUUUGGCUAUGAAGCCCUCAACUGUUUCAUAUUAAUGAUCGAACAAAGAGUUCGGCCGAACUCUGUCACCUUCUUAAGCUUAUUAUCUGCUUGCAGCCACUCUGGUCUUGUGAGAGAAGGCUGCAAAAUUUAUGGUUCCAUGAAAUGGGAUUUCGGUAUUGAACCAGCUUUAGAUCACCACACUUGCUUCGUGGAUCUUUUGGGUCGACAUGGUUUGCUUAAAGAAGCCUUAUCCAUCAUACUGAAAAUGAUUAUCCUACCUGAUAGCAGGAUUUGGGGUGCCCUUCUAGCGGCCUCCAGAGUUUAUGGAAACGAAAAAGUUGGGGAAUAUGCAGCACAGAAACUUCUGGAAUUAGAACCUGACAACGCUGGUUAUUAUACUCUGUUGAGUAAUGUCAAAGCAAGCGCUGGAAGAUGGGAUGAAGUUGAAGGACUGAGGAGAGUUAUGAGUGAAAAAAAUCUGAAGAGGAAACCAGGCUGGAGCUGCAUUGAAGUAAAAGGGGUUAUGCAAGGGUUCAUUUCUGGGGAUAUAUCACAUCCUAAAACAGAGGAUAUUUAUGAAACGUUGAAUAGUUUGGCAACUGCAACUCCUUAUGUGUAA